GAUCCACUAACAGAGUUUAUCCUCUUUGAUUUUACUAAAAUACCAUGUUUCGGUAUGGCUGUGAAAUACUUGGAUGGACCAUUCGUGUUCAGAUUGAACGACAGUGGUACAGGUCCGAAUCUUCUGAUACAGAUUUGCACAGAACGUGGUUGGAGGGAAUACACUGGAGAGAAUAACGUAUUCAGAGAUCGAUGGAAUCUAUGGUGGAAGUCCGGUGGUUUCCCUUUACCUUAUUACAAGCCGCUACUACCAUGGCAGUUCGUCAACAGAAUACCAAAGGGGGGAUCUAUCUGCAGAAAGGAUAAUCUUAUACGCCACUUAAGAUGCAUGAAGAAGAUGUAUGGCUCGAUCUACGACUUCAGUCCCCCAGGAUACAAUUUACCAUCAGAGUACACUAAAUUAGCGGAAGAAUGCAGUCGUUGCGAGGAUGACAAAGUUUGGAUAUGCAAGCCAGUUGGUCAAAGCCAGGGCAAAGGAAUCUUUCUGUUUCGUGUAUGCACUUUCCAGAUGAACAGUAACUUCAUCGUCAACGUUGUUGAAAUCAUUCGAUACAUAACAAUGUGUUUACAGAAAUUAAGCGAUCUUAUGUACGAUACCACGACGGUGGUGCAGAAAUACAUUGAGAAUCCUCUUUUAAUCGGAGGCUACAAGUUUGAUCUACGAUUGUACGUGUGUGUCCCUUCGUAUCAUCCUUUGGUAAUAUAUUUAUACAAGGAAGGCUUGGCACGAUUCGCUACAGAGAAGUUUUCUUUGGAACACCUGACCGAUCCUUUUCGCCAUCUCACCAACUUUUCCUUGAACAAGUUGGGUCCAGGAUAUACUGAAAAGAAGGAACGCAUUGGUGCUGGCUGCAAAUGGACUUUCAGACAACUGAGAAGGUAUUUUGAGCAAGCUGGAUACUGUGACUGGUUUCUCUGGCAAAGAAUUGCUUGUUUAGUCAGCUUAACGAUCUUAAGUCAGGCUACUGGUAUUCCAAAAUCUUCUAAUUGCUUUGAAUUCUUUGGAUUUGACGUACUGAUUGACAAAAAUCUGAAACCAUGGUUACUAGAGGUCAAUCUUAGUCCAGCAUUGAGCAAUGACUGUGAAAUUGAUUCAGAAGUAAAGAAACCUUUGCUGCACGACUUGUUCGAUUUAUUGGGUCUUCCAGUAUGCAACACUGGACUCUCCCUCUUCACGAUAUGGUCAACCAACCCCGUUGACGAUGAUGUUGAAGCGUCUUCCAAGUUCUCUACGGGUCGAACCACCAAGAAGAAAUCAAAAGGCCCUCAGGAAACCGAUACUUUCUUAAACCUGUGCACAGAACUUCAACCUACUCUUAGACAAUCAUCUACAAAUGAUUCCUCAAGCUCAUGGUCUCGUUACAAUCCGUUGCUAAUGGACAAAUAUAUUCCACGCGGUUUUCGAGGCACCAAUUCAAUAAAUCAUGAUAAGACGUCGGUGUGGGAUAAUGGCAAAAACUGGAGCACCCCUUGUGCGAAGGAAGGAGGGUGGGUUCGGAUUUAUCCAUUGACUCCAUUCAUACCUGACAAUAGUACGGAUUAUGUACCAUCAUCUCUAUCAGAAGAUUCACGGAUUGUGGAAAAACAAGUUAAAAAUUCUGUUCUUUGCAUAAACAAAUACUUAAAAGCCGCAAAAGAAGUACAUAAAAAGAAUGAUAAAUAUAGAGAUGAACAGUGUAAUGCUUUGCUACGUAAAGCAAUGGAAUUGAAUACUGAAAUUUGGCUGCCACCUAAAUAAUUUAAGCACGACGUUGAUACCUUUUUAUAUAUCUGUUCAUUUUCCGAGUGAAUCAGCACGAUACGCUUUGACCAAUUUAUUUAUACGUGAUAUUCUGAUCUUAAUCUUUCUAAUAUUGCCACGUUCAAAAUGCAAUUUUAACAGUCAGAGUUCGUAAUAUUUUUGACAGUAUAAUAGAUUUUUGAAUCAUAUUCUAAAUGCUAAUGGUUAGGCUUAACGAAGAGGGUAAUUGUACUCUUUUUUUCUAUAAUAUGCUUAAAUAUAAAAUACAACAUAAAAUUAACCGACGAAUACAAAUGAAGAACAUCUUUAUUGACCAAGAGAUUCUCGGUUUAUUGAAUGUUUUCUUGAAAAUUUACAUUAAUUCACUCCUUUCGCUGCUAACCUCUUGUCACGCUCUUCGGCAAUCGAAAGCUUGACACCUUUGUCUCUUGGUAAGCUAAUGUACGGCUUUGUACCCUUACCGAUGAUAAAUACAUUGUUCAACCUAAACAAAUAAUUUAUUGUGAGAUUCGUUGUAACUGGCCAACUUAAAAAAUAAAAUACAACAUCAGUUUUGUCUCCUUAAUAGGUAAUACUGAGAGGCCUAUGCAAAGGCAAUCAGUGACCAUCAUUAAGGAAUUUUAUCUAGGACAACUUUGAACCACAAUAUGUAUUGAGAAUAUAUUAUAGCUUCGAUAAUGGCCAUUAUAAAAAUUAAUUCAAUUCGUUUCGCAAAAUCUUUGAAUCAUCGUGUAAUAUAUUAUAUAAAUAAAAAGUGAAUUAGGAGAUAUUAGGAGAUACCUUGUAGCAAAAGUGUGCCCUUGUGAAUCCUUAAUAUGACAAAUAUCAAAAGAUCCUGGAUGACGCUCGCGGCUAACAACCGUACCAACACGCCCUAAAUUUCUUCCUCCAGUAAUCAUACAGAGAUUACCUGCAAUAUAAAUAUUGAAUAACAACAUAUUUCAUACAUAUACACUCAAGUUUAUUCAGGAAUAAAAAUAUAAUACCUGAAUCAAAUCGAAUGAAAUCUAAAAUUGCACCAGUUGCUAUAUCCAAAUGGAUGGUGUCAUUUACUUUGAUUAGAGGGUCUGGGUAACGAAUGGUCCUUCCAUCAUGUGUUACCAAGAAUGGAAUACCUUUUGGUCCAGUCUGAACACGCUUUACUUUGCACAGUUUAUACUGCAACAAAAGAAGAAUGUUAUGUUUUGGUUGCAAUUUUUAUUGUUUAACAAAUGAUAAAUACCUUAGCUUCUUCUGGAGUAAUUCUGUGUGUAGUAAAACGACCCUUAACGUCAUAAAUCAAUCGGAAAAAUUCAUCAGUCUUGUUAAUAGUAAUGACAUCUGAAAUAAAACAUAAAUAACGUUAAUUGUAAUUUUCGAUGUAUUUUACGAGAUUUUUAUAAUUAAGAAAAUGUACGCUUUUUUGGUAAUACAGAAAGAAUAUUUUAUUCAGCCUGUGACCGUAUCAAAGUACUUAUUUACUAUUGGCCAAUGUUUGACUAUGAUACUUCUUGUUAAAAAAGUAUUAUAGCUUCGAUAUGGCCCUGUUAGGAACAGGUGAUAAAAUAGCUGAUACACUUACCCAUAAACCCUGCAGGAUAGUUGGGAUCAGUGCGAACUUUUCCAUCAACUUUAAUUAAACGUUGCAUCACAAUUUUUGUUACCUCACAAUUAGUUAAUGCAUACUUUAAUCUAUUACGAAGGAAAAUAACAAGAGGAAGAGAUUCCCUCAACUUGUGGGGUCCGGUAGACGGUCGUGGAGCGUAUACACCGCCCAAUUUAUCUAACAUCCAUGCUUUAGGCGCGUUAAGACGCUUCAAAUGCUUCUUCGGUCCACGAGCCUGCAAAUUAAUUUGAAAUAUUUAUUCGUAACGUCAAAUAAACAUACAUACUCAACAGUCUUAACGUCAAAAGCAUUACUUUACACUGCCAGAUUACAUUUUUCAGGUUAAAUUACUAUUUAAAUUUUUCUGUUACUUUGUAAUUUUACUACAACUUUUAAUGAAAUGCAAUUAUAACUCGAUUCACGUGAGAAACUCAUUUAAAUGAAAGGAUGUCAACAAAUAUUUACGUAUUGAUAUAUUUGAAGUAAAGAAAUGAUCUCUGCCUAUACAACUUAACCACAUUUCUAUCAUUAUAAAAAUGAGACAAAUUAAUGAAUAAUAUGUGUAUUGAUAUUCACUUUAGUUCUUGUAGGCUACAUUUUUAGUAAUUAUUAAACGAUGCAAUGUAUUGUACACCCGAUGUAAAUGGAUUUUACGUUGACAACACACUCCUGACUUACCAUCUUGGUUUUCUAAACGGAAAAGGCACUUGCACGCGCUCUUCCUAUACACAUCAGGAAAUGCCUAACAACGCCAUUACUCUCAAAAUGGCGGUUGAUUGUCAUGAGCUAGUAUUGUUGUAAAUAAUAUGAUGUUUUAAAUUAGAUACAUAUUAGAUUUUAUAAUAAUAUGCAGUUUAAAAUCAUGCGUAUUAUAAAUAAGCAACUAUAAGUAAUGUUCGGAAAGUGUCCGACCUUUGACGGACAGACGCCUAUAUAUAUAUAAUUUACAUAUACCUCAUUAUUUUUGCAAUAGUUAUAAUUUAUUUAAUUUUUGUUUUAAUUUUUCCAGCUUUUUAAAUCAGGAACAGAAUAAAGAGUAUUUGAUAAUAUGUAUAUAAGUAUUUUAUUGAGUAUUAUAUAUAAAUGAUAUCAAAUUCGAAUGCCAAUGUAGAGAGUUUAGAUACAUAGUUUUAAUAAAAAGAUAACAAAUAUUCCGCGUAUAUAAUAACAUUAAUUUGAACGUAGUACUCCAACAAUAUCAUCCAAUAAAGAGGAUGCACCAAUUCUAAAUAAAUCUUUAGUUAACCAUUCAUCUCCUAGUUCCAUUUGAGCUAACAUCAUCCAUUCCAAGGCAUCUUGUGAAGUCUUAAUACCACCUGCUGGUUUGAAACCGACCUGAGAGAAAUAUAUUAUAAUAAUGAAUGUAUAAAAAAUCAAA